AUAGAGAUUGUCAAUGUCAUCCUCCUAAGGAACGAAAUUUUUAAAUUAGUAAACAAAUCACAAAUCAAAGACUGCAAGGAUAUGAUUAAUUUAACAAAAAUAAAAUGGGUAUUAAACAUUUGUGGACAGUUUUAACACCGUAUUGUGAACGAAAACCAUUGUAUGAAUUACAAGGAAAAACAGUAGCCGUAGAUCUGUCUUGUUGGAUAUGCGAGGCUCAAAACAUCGCCGAAUAUCAAAUACAACCUAGAAUGUACCUAAGAAAUCUCUACUUCAGAGCUUGUUACAUGCUUCUACUAGAUGUAAACCCAGUCUUUAUCUUGGAAGGUAGAGCACCAGAAUUAAAAUAUGAUACCAUAGCUGCAAGAAAUGCAUUGCAAUUUAAAGGAGCAAAGCCCAAAACAGACGGAGUAAAGACUGGUAAAGACAGAUCGAGGUUUAAUUUUGUUUUGAAAAGAUGUGAAGAAAUGCUUGGGCUAAUGGGAAUAUCAUGUCUGAAAGGUAAAGGGGAAGCUGAAAGUCUUUGUGCAUAUCUUAAUGAUGAAGGAUUGGUUGAUGCUUGCAUUUCACAAGACUCAGACUGCUUUGCCUAUGGUGCAAAAAUAGUGUACAGAAACUUCUCCAUAGCUUCACAGGGAGCCAAUAAGUCUUCAGGGGGAGCUGUAGAUAUUUAUGAUAUAACAAAGGCAAUAGAUAACAUGAAUUUUGGCAGGAACAAAAUAAUAGCUAUGGCCUUACUGUGUGGAAGUGACUACUCAGGAGGUGUUCAAGGUAUCGGCAAGGAGUCUGUUUUGAAGUUGUUUGAAGAUAUAUCGGAUAAUGAAAUUCUAGACAAGCUGCGUGAUUGGAGGGCAAAUACAGAAGUUUAUAAGAAGUAUGAAAACAAGCUUAAUGAUAAGAAUCUUUGUACUUCUUGUGGACAUUUAGGAAAGGCUCGGCAGCACACACAAAAAGGUUGUGUUCCUUGUGGCAUGUCAAAGGGUUGUUCAGACGAGAAGUAUAAAAUCGAAAGAGCCAAAAUCAAAAACGAAGUUGCAAUGAGAAGCAAAGCUUUAAAAGAUCCAGAAUUUCCUGAUGAAAAUCUAAUAAAAGAAUUCCUAACAAAAAAAGACCAUGUGUCUAGGUUAGAUCUGGAAUGGAAACAGCCAGAUCUUGUGGAAUUUGUGCGCUUUACCACAAAAUUCUUGCAAUGGGAAGAAAUGUACAGCUUCGAAAAAAUUCUUCCCAUACUGACUAGAUGGCAAUGUACACAUUAUACAGCAGUUCAGUCGACUAAUUUAAAAAAUGUCGUUCAACCCAGUCAUAUAAAAAAGACUCGCAACCCCAAAGGCGUUCCUAGCUACGAAAUCAUUUGGUCUGAUCCAGAAAACUAUUUCAAAAAUGUCAUUCCAAAAGAACAAAUCGAAGACUCAAAUAAAACAUUAGAACAAAUGUGGACAACGAUAGAACCUCAAGAAUUCGUCAACAAGGCGUAUCCGAAAUUAGUAGAAACAUUCCAGCUCAGCAAAAUUAAACCCAAGAAGGCUACAAGAAGAAGAAAAAAGGCAAUUGAUGUAGACGAUAUUAGUGAUAUGUUAAAAAAUACAUCGAUUUCAGAACCAAAACCCAAAAAAACGCGUAGAACUAACAAAAAGGGUCAAAUACAGUCUGAGAAACCUUUACAGCCUACAUUGUUAGACAAUUUCUUGAAAAGAGCUGUAAUUCAGAGCCAUAUGAAUAAGCAGAAAGAAUUGGAAGAUAUAAAUGAAAAUAACUGCCAUACAUCAACACCUUUGAAAUGUAAGGAAAGUUUUGUGGACAUGUCUUGCUUUGGAGACGAAGAUAACGACAGUGACCUAUCUGACAUAAUAGAGAACAUCAUUUCUAGAAAACCUAGAAAUUUUGAACUCAUAGCGAAUAAAGAGAAUGAAUGUGAAGAAAUACACCUGCAGGAAAUAUCUACAGAAAUAUUAGAAACAGACUUAAAAGUCUCUAGCUUCUUUAUGUGUGAUCCUGUUGAACAUGAUCUAUUUGAGAACACAUUCAAUGAGAUGUAUAAUAGUGAUGACAAUGAUAGUACAAUAGAAUAUGACUUUGAAGAAAAUAAAUGUUUAGAAAAUGGAAGUGAUAAAAGUGAGGAAAACAGUGGUGAAAUCCAUAAUGAUGAUAAACAAAAUGAAAAAAAUAUAUUAACAAAAGCGGACGUAGAAAAUGAAGAUAGUUUCUGUGAAGUAUAUGUGCCUUUAAUAGAACGACUUAAGACUAAAUAAAAGUGAAUAAAUGUUUUUAUUAAAUAAAACGUAAAAUUGUA